CAUUCACUCCAACACUACCAGAAGAAGCCUUCAUUUCUGAAACAUUAAUUUUGCAUCUCAUCGAUCAAGUUCAAAUGGGUGGUUCUUCUCCUUGUGCUUCCUGCAAGUUGCUACGACGUCGUUGCACCCAGGAGUGCAUUUUCGCUCCUUACUUUCCUUCUGAUGAUCCUCAAAAGUUUGCCAUCGUCCACAAAGUCUUCGGUGCCAGCAAUAUCAGCAAAAUGUUGCAGGAGCUUCCAGUGCAUCAAAGAGCGGAUGCAGUUAGCAGUCUGGUGUACGAAGCGAACGCGAGAGUGAGAGAUCCGGUGUACGGAUGCGUCGGAGCUAUAUCCUACCUGCAAAAUCAAGUUACACAGUUAAAGACGCAGCUUGCAAUGGCACAGACAGAGAUUAUGUGCAUCCAGAUGCAGCAAGAUUAUUCUACAAACUUAUCAACUCAGACUGAUCAUUACCAAGAUGACAAUAAGUCGCUUGUCUUAUCUGAUAACAACUAUGAAAGCUGCAAUAUUAAUCAUAAUCUUGCCGAUCAUCAUCAUCAUCAGUAUCUCAGUUUUGCUUCUUCUUCUUCCUCGUCUAGUAAUGUAAUCCAGGACCCUUUUAAGAGGGAAUCAUUUUGGACUUAGCAGUUUUAGAUUAAUUAUUAUUAUUAAUUAAUUAAUACAUAUUUUCAGUGAAUUAUCGACUACAUGUUUUUUUUUUUUUUCUUGUUUAACUAUUUUGAUUAAAGUGUAAGAUUGGCUAGCGCUAGCUAGCUGCUUUUGUGAUCUAUGAUGUGCAUGUUUUUUAUCUUGCUGUUGACAGAUAAAUAGCACUAAAAAAAAGUGGAUUAUAAUAAAGAGGGAAGUUGCAGUAAACAAGAAGGAUAUGUAUGUAAGAGUCA